GAAAAGAUGAGCAACAUAUAUGAAUCAGCAGCCAACACCCUUGGGAUCUUCAACAGUCCGUGUCUCGCUAAAGUGGAAUUGAGAGUUUCUUGUAAGGGGAUAUUGGACAGAGAUGCGCUCUCCAAACCAGAUCCCUGUGUAAUCCUGAAGAUGCAGUCUCACGGGCAGUGGUUUGAGGUGGACAGAACAGAAGUUAUCAGAACAUGCAUCAACCCUAUUUUCUCAAAAAUUUUCACGGUUGACUUUUAUUUUGAGGAAGUUCAGCGUCUUCGUUUUGAAGUUCACGACAUCAGCAGCAAUCACAACGGCUUGAAAGAUGCAGAUUUCCUUGGAGGAAUGGAGUGCACUUUGGGACAAAUUGUGUCACAAAGGAAACUGUCAAAAUCAUUGCUGAAGCAUGGGAACACAGCAGGGAAAUCGUCUAUAACGGUGAUUGCAGAGGAAUUAUCUGGAAAUGAUGACUAUGUUGAACUCUCUUUCAGUGCCCGGAAAUUAGAUGACAAGGAUUUUUUCAGCAAGUCAGAUCCAUUCUUGGAAACGUUCAGAAUGAAUGAUGAUGGCACUCAGCAGCUGGUUCACAGGACUGAGGUUGUCAUGAACAAUUUGAAUCCGGCCUGGAAAACAUUUAAGGUCUCUGUGAACUCGCUUUGCAGCGGUGAUCAUGAUCGCAAGCUAAAGUGUAUAGUCUGGGACUGGGACUCUAAUGGGAAACAUGAUUUCAUUGGAGAGUUCAGCUCAACGUUCAAAGAAAUGAGAGGAGCGAUGGAAGGAAGACAGGUGCAGUGGGAAUGCAUAAAUCCAAAAUACAAAAUGAAAAAGAAAAACUACAAAAAUUCCGGUAUCGUAAUUCUCAACCUGUGUAAGAUCCAUAAAAUGCAUUCAUUCUUAGACUAUAUCAUGGGUGGAUGUCAAAUACAGUUUACAGUAGCAAUUGAUUUCACAGCAUCAAACGGUGACCCACGGAACAGUUGCUCCCUGCACUAUAUCCAUCCUUACCAGCCCAAUGAGUAUCUGAAAGCACUGGUUGCUGUUGGGGAAAUUUGCCAAGACUAUGACAGUGACAAAAUGUUUCCUGCCUUUGGUUUUGGUGCCAGAAUACCCCCAGAAUUUAAGGUUUCCCAUGACUUUGCAAUAAAUUUUAAUGAAGACAACCCAGAAUGUGCAGGUAUACAAGGAGUGGUAGAAGCCUAUCAGAACUGCCUGCCUAAGUUACAGCUGUAUGGGCCCACCAACAUUGCUCCCAUUAUUCAAAAAGUGGCAAAGUCGGCUUCAGAGGAGACAAACACUUUGGAUUCCACGCAAUACUUCAUUCUGCUCAUCUUAACGGAUGGGGUUAUCACAGACAUGGCUGACACCAGGGAAGCCAUAGUUCACGCUUCUCAUCUUCCUAUGUCAGUCAUCAUCGUCGGUGUUGGAAAUGCUGAUUUUAGUGACAUGCAGAUGUUGGAUGGAGAUGAUGGCAUACUGAGGUCACCGAAGGGAGAGCCUGUACUGCGGGAUAUUGUUCAGUUUGUGCCAUUCAGGAAUUUCAAACACGCUUCUCCAGCUGCUCUUGCAAAAAGUGUUUUGGCUGAAGUUCCAAACCAAGUUGUGGACUAUUACAAUGGCAAAGGGAUCAAACCAAAAUGUGCAUCUGAAUACGAGUCUUCCAGGACACUAGGACCUUGA